AGGGGCAACUGUCAGGGACGCUCGUAGCCACACAAGGGCUAAAACAUUUCCACGUGACACGCUGGAAAAUUUAACAGCUACUUCAGUGGUACAGUAUAGGAAAGACUUUUUAACCAAAUUUCCGUACUUUCUUGUUGUUGAGAAGGCUGUCGCGGGAGGUUUAAGCUCAAUUUGGAUCAUGUGUCCAAGCUAGCCGAGGUGGGGAAAUCCAAAAUGGAUGCCGCCUGGAGAGCAUUUGUCAACCUAGCUCUCUCGAUGUAGAUUUCUUCAAAAACGAACACGAAGCUCCCCUCUAAAGCACCGUUUGGAAGGAAAAACGCCAUCCAGGGUCCACUGAGGAGAUGGCGGUGUAUUUCGACCACCGUGUUGAGACCCCUGAAAACAGUGUGGAGCCCUCUCAGUUGAUGUGGCAUUCGGCCCUGUCCAUACUGGCUGUUGCCUCGCGUAACUCGACCGCUGGGGGAAAUGUCAACAUCUACUUGCAGCAGGGUGAGCACGUGGAGAGUUGCCACGUUGAGCGUCCUCACCGGCCCACGAUGCUAUGCUGGCAUCCCAUAAAGCCAGUGUUGGCUCUGGGCUGGGAGAAUGGCGAGGUGCUGCUUCUGUCGCACCCCUCCGGGGAUCAAAAUGCCCUGCCGAGCACGCACGCAGGACGCAUCACACUGCUGGAGUGGAGUAGCUCGGGAAGUCGCUUGGUAACUGGGGACCAGAGUGGAGAUUUAGCUGUUUGGAGGGUGGACGCCAGAGGAAGACUUCAAGGGAACCACCAAGUGAAGCAUGUGUAUAACUCCUCGGUCACUUGCUGCAUAUUCAAACCUUCUUCGCCUGGAGACGAUGUGAAAAUGCUGGCUCGCGCGUCCGUGAGCGGGGAUGAGAACGCUUUGGAUAUGUUUAGCUGGAAGGGUGCGCCGCUCAAGAUGGGGCCGCAGGAGGGCCUCGCUUUCUACGUCAGCACUGCGGAUGGUAAGGUACACAGCGUGGACGAGCAUGGCAAAACAAGCGUGCUCCUCAGUAUGAACGGCGCCAUCAAGAAGAUGUUCUACAUGGAGACCAGGCAGUCACUCACUGUCAUCACUGACACUAUGAUGCUCUCACAGUAUACUCUUGGACCUGAGGGGGAUGCCCAGGAAUUCCAAAAGGUCAAACUGAGCAGUAAGAGUGGCCAAAACGUCGACAUCGUGUGGGCCCAGAAUGGUCUCGUUAUCACAGCAACAGGGGAGCAACUCAUCAGGCUGUGGGAUCUCGAGCGAAAUGAAAACUAUGCAUUGUCCCUUGACGAGACUCUGGGCUUCGAGAGGGGUGAGAUGAUCAACUGCGUUUCCUACUGUGCAGGGAAAGAAAUUCUGUCUGCUGGGACCAGUCACGGGCGCAUAGCAAUGUGGAAGAUGGCGGUCCAUAUGGACCGCAGCAGAGGUGACACCAAAGCCCAGUGGAAGCUACAGACACCCACUGAAAUAGAAGGGAAUGUCACUCAAUUGCAGUGGGGGUCCAGUCUGAACCUGCUGGCAGCCAACAAUUCCAACACGGUGGUGAUCUUGCACGAGCAUGUGAUGUCAGCCCACUGCAGCCAGCAGGUGGCGGCGGUGCAGUUGACGCCGACCCAGCUCAGCAUCACCCAGUUCCACACGGGACUGCACCUUGCUCUCCAGUCCGAAAUGCACAUCAAGGGGGUCUGCGUCACCAAGGAUUCUGCAACAGUUUGGAGCGGCAAACAGGUUACCGUGUUUGAGAUGUCAGGGGCAGCUCUCCACAAUAAAGGAUCAUUCCCUUGUGACUCCCACGUAGUAGCCGUACACGGUGAGAACCUGUACACGGUGGAACCUAACAGAGUCCAGAUCCGGACGCCACAGGGUACAGUGAAACAGUUACUGACUUUCUCCAAAGCAGAGGGUAACCCAGUGCUCCUCGGUGUGUGCCAGUCUUACCUGGUGGUUGGCACAGAUACGUCGCAUAUAAGAGUCUUUGACCUCACGAGAAGGGACGCGAAAGCUCACUGCAAUGCCAAGAACCUGGCUGACCUGAUUCCCAAUCUGGGUGCCCUGCGGUCGGUCAAGUGUAACGCCAACGGCGGCCAAGUCAGCAUCUUGAUCACACAGGUGAAUGGUCGACCCGACCAAAAAGUGUACUUCUAUGACAUUGAAAUGGACACCGUGACCCACUUUGACUUCUUCACUGGCAGACCAUCGAGUGGUAUCUCACAGCCUGAAGACAGCGAAAGACAGCGGUUUCAGGAGAGCGAGCUCAGCGGGCGAUGCCCUGUAUCUCACUUCUGGGACGAGAGUGAACCUCGACUCUUUGUGUGUGAGACCGUGCCGGUCAGCUCUGAAACGUCAUCCUCUGGUUACUGGGAUACGGUGGAUGUGUCAGUGGUUACCCUCUUCUGUACUCAAGAACACGGCCUCCUCUUGCAGGACUGCUACCCCAAACCAGCAGGCCUUCAAGCACUCCUUGCUCUUGAUGUGCCAUACUAUUAUUUCAGCUGCAAGGAAGUUUCCGCCACAUCGGCGCCUGCAAACCAGAGCCAGCCAUCACGAGGGUCAGUUGCCCUCUUCCCCCAAAUGGUCUCCAGGCGUGCGCUCAGAGACUUUGAAGGCCUGGAGACCUGUGACAAGUCCACGCGGGACGCCAUGCUCAAUUUCAGCUUCUACCUCACCGUCGGCCACAUGGACGAAGCCUUCAAGUCCAUCAAACUUAUCAAGAGCAAAGCAGUAUGGGAAAACAUGGCACGCAUGUGUGUGAAAACCCGCCGGCUGGAUGUAGCCCGAGUGUGUCUGGGCAAUAUGGGAAACGCCAGGGCAGCAAAAGCUCUGAAGGAGGCCGAGGCAGAACCCGAGCCCGAGGCCCACAUAGCAGCCUUGGCCAUUCAGCUCGGCAUGUUGGAGGAUGCUGAAAAGUUGUACAAGAGCUGUCAACGCUAUGACCUUCUCAACAAUCUCUAUCAGGCGGCGGGCCAAUGUGAGAAGGCACUAGAAAUCGCUGAGAAUCAUGAUCGCAUCCACCUCCGCACCACCUACUACAAUUAUGCCCGCUAUCUGGAAUCCAUGGGUGACAAGAGCUUGGCCCUGGCUAAUUACGAAAAAUCCGACACUCACCGAGUGGAUGUGCCCAGAAUGCUCCAGGAUGAUCCUUUGUCUCUGGAGAUCUACGUAAACAGAAUGAAAGACAAGAACCUCUACAAGUGGUGGGCCCAGUAUUUGGAGAGCCAGUCGGAAAUGGAUUCAGCUCUGGAAUUCUAUGAAUCGGCUCAGGAUUACCUCUCUCUAGUUCGGGUUCACUGCUACAUGGGAAAUGUCGAUAAGGCAUGUGAGAUAGCCAUCGAUACAGGCGACAGGGCGGCGUCGUACCACCUGGCCCGCCAUUACGAGGGUCACGACGACAUCAAACAAGCCGUCCACUUCUACACUCGAGCACAGGCCUACAACAACGCCAUACGACUUUGUAAAGAGAAUGGUCUGGACGACCAGCUGAUGAACCUGGCUCUGCUCAGUAACCCGGAGGACAUGAUGGAAGCCGCCUGUUACUAUGAGGAGAAAGCCGUCCACAUGGACCGAGCGGUUUCGCUCUACCACAAAGCUGGUUACGUCUCCAAAGCUCUGGAAGUGGCCUUUGCUACAGAGCAAUUUGCAGCCCUUCAGAUGGUUGCUGAGGAUCUGAAUGAAAGCUCGGACCCUGCCCUGCUGGCGCGCUGCUCCGAGUUCUUCAUCCAACAUUCCCAGUAUAAAAGGGCUGUAGAGCUGCUAAUUGCAGCCAAGAAGUACCCUCAGGCUCUGGAGUUGUGUGUAAAUGAGAACCUGACCAUCACAGAGGAGCUUGCUGAGAAAAUGACUGCGACGGAUUCAAAAGACUUGUCUGAAGAGGCUCACAAGGAGCUGCUGGAGAAGAUAGCUGAGUGCUGUGUGCGUCAGGGGAACUACCACCUGGCCUCCAAAAAGUUUACACAGGCCGGAAACAAGCUCAAGGCUAUGAGGGCACUCCUUAAAUCAGGGGACACGGAAAGGAUCGUACUUUUUGCCAACGUUUGUCGUCAGAAGGAGCUUUUCAUCAUGGCCGCCAACUACCUCCAGUCUGAAGACUGGAAAAAUCCGGAGAUCUUGAAGACCAUCAUUGCUUUUUACACAAAAGGGAGAGCGCCGCACCUACUUGCUGGCUUCUAUGAAACUCGUGCACAGGUGGAAAUUGAUGACUAUCAGAGCUAUGAGAAAGCCCUGGAUGCUUUGAGUGAGGCAGUCAAAUGCCUCUCCAAAGUAAAAAACUCAGAUGGACAACAGGAAGCCAAAAGAGCCGAGCUGCAACGCAAAAUCACCCUCAUUAAGAGGUUUAUUAACGCACGCAGGUUGAAAGCAGAAGAUGGCGAAGAGGCCCUAAACAUAUGUGAAGGGUUACUGCAGGAGCCUGAGUUGGAUGUUGCCGUCCGGGUCGGCGACGUGUUUGGUUUCCUGAUCGACCAUCACUGUCAGCACGGCAACUUCAAAGCCGCCUACAGCAAGCUGGAGGAGCUCCAGAAUGUGGUACCGUCACAAAAUAUCCGAUACUAUGUUAAACCGGGCAGCCUGGAUGCCAUGCACAAGCACAUGGGUCUCACCAUGUACUCUGGGGACCAGAAAAACAACGAGAAGGAGGAGGAUGAAGUGGAGGAGGACUUGAAUGUUCCCUAAAAUCCCAAUGACUCCCCCCCAACUGUUUCACUGGGUGGCACUAUUGUCUACAUUCAGCAGCCAUAAUGAUGACAAUUUAUGAAUAAUGUCCUCUCGGCUGAAAUAUAUAUGUAUUUUUCUUAACCUGUUCAGCCUCACACGCUGCUGGAACCAAUCCUAGCUGGCAUUGGGUCAAAGCCGAACUACACCCUGACCUGGUUGCUGGUCAGUCGCAAGUUCUGUGUACAGACAGACAAGCAUUCAUGCUCAUAUUUACACCAUAACUGAACGCAUGCCGCCUGCUCUGAAGUCAGGGGAAUGCGGCACGCCAUCAGUCAGCAAAAUACACAAUACCAGUCCAUUUGUUUAUUGCUUUGUCAUUUAUUGCUACUUUGUGCAACUGUGUGAAAAUAUUGAAUGAUAUUGUAUGUGCCUAAAAAAUAAUUUUGUGUACGCAUGUGGAAAAUGUACAAUGGAAUCCAUUGUACUAUAAGUUCAAUAUACAAUGUGUAAAUAAAUGUU